AGGUGUCAAACCCAUCAGAACAAUUAAAAUAGUUCUAUACUGAAUAGAAAAUUCGUCCGUUGAAACCAGACUUCGUUAAAAGUAUCGUGUUUAUAAUUUGGGAUGGGAGUAGGACCGCAUCAUCAUCAUCAUCACCACCAUGAUGAUCACCACGAACAUUAUGGACCACCGCAUCAUUAUGGGCCACAUUUUGAACCACAUCAUCACCAUGGAUCUCAUCAUCACGCCCCUGAGAUUCACAUUGAACCAAGAAUGUAUCCUUUGCCUCACGUAGAUAUUCACGUAGAUCCGCCACAUCAUCACCAUCAUCAUCCAUUCGAACACCAUCAUCACCAUGGUCACCACCAUGGACACCACUGGUGAUACAAGAAAUUAAUGAUUGGAAAUCUGGUUCCUAUGUAAUGAUUUUAUUCAAAUAAAUGAUUUGUUGCAUUGAA